CGUUCCCUCAAUUUCCAUAAAUAUCACAGUAUUGAAAUUCAAACCCUCACUCUCCUUCUUCGUAACACAAUAAACCCUAUUUUUUCGUUGUUUCAUUUCAAAACCUUAUCCAUUUACCUUAAACGAUGUCUUCCUCUGCUGCUUCCUUAGCACUUCCAACUCUCCGAACUAAGCAACCUCUCUGUUCUCCUCAAUGUUUCUCUUCACACCCUUCGUUUUCCAUUAACCCUAAUUUCAAACCAUUUUCCAUUUCUUCUGCUUCUGUUCGUCCAACCUUGUCGUUGUCUUAUCGUUUUGUUUCUCGUGUCGCGGUUUCGUCUGAAUUCGACCAGCAAGAGGAUACCUUUGAUGAUGGAGAGACUCCUAAUUACUCUUCUAACCUUAGGUUGUUCGUUGGUAACCUUCCUUUCAGUGUUGACAGUGCUCAACUUGCUGAAAUCUUUGAAAACGCUGGAAAUGUUGAGAUGGUUGAGGUGAUUUAUGAUAAAACAACAGGAAGAAGCAGGGGAUUUGGUUUUGUUACUAUGUCUUCGGCUGAAGAAGUUGAAGCGGCUGCUCAGCAGUUCAAUGGCUAUGAAGUGGAUGGAAGGGCAUUGAGAGUGAAUGCUGGACCACCUCCUCCACCUCGUAGUGAGAAUUCUCGUUUCGGUGAGAAUACUCGUUUCGGUGACAAUUCUCGUUUUAGAGGUGGUUCUCCAAGAGGUGGUUCUUCAGAUAGUGACAACCGUGUUCAUGUUGGUAAUCUUGCUUGGGGUGUUGACAACUCGGCACUUGAGUCAUUGUUUGGUGGACAUGGAACGGUUUUGGAAGCAAAGGUAAUCUAUGACAGGGAAAGUGGAAGAUCUAGAGGAUUUGGAUUUGUAACUUUCAGUAGCCCUGAUGAGGUCAACAGCGCUAUUCAGUCCUUAGAUGGUGUGGACUUGAAUGGCAGAGCUAUCCGAGUCUCGACAGCAGAUACUAGACCAAAGCGUCAAUUUUGAGGAUUUUACCUUUCAUCUAUAUCCGAUCAAGAGAGGACUUCGGUAGUUGUGAAAGAAUGCAAUUCAUACUUGGUGACAGUAUCUACAAACAGUGGCUGUACCUAGCAGACUUCUUUCUGUAGAAGAGCUUAUUAUACUCUCUUGAAACUUGAACGCGUGCUCUAGAUUUAAUAGUUUUUGUUUUAAAUUGAUUUGUAGUAUGUGUUUUACCGCUUUAUUAGUAAAGUAGAAUGGUUACCGCGAUUCAACUUCCCACCGAUGUUGUGGAAGAAUUUUACUAUUGCGAAUGUGCCUGAAAAAAUUAUCAAAUCACAAAUUCGUUUUAUGGUUUACUUGUUAGGUGGAAAAA